AUGCAGCUCUCCCUCCGCCGCAAGCUUAACCCCUUUCUCCUCUCCGCCGCCGCGUCAUUCUCCAUGAAACCCUCCCCAGGCGCCGCCGCAGGCGGCGGCGGCGGCCGGAAAGGCAGCAGCCUCUCGAUCUUCGCCGUGGCCGUAUCGAUAUUCGUCUUUGGCUGCUUCAUGUACAACGAGGACGUCAAGUCAAUCGCGGAGUUCCCCUUCUCGCACCCCACGGCUGCUCAACAGGCGGAUCCCGAUUUCUUCGCCCAGGAAGAGGGGAAGCGUGAGGUGGACGCGGGGGCGGACAGCAGCAACGCCGCCACUGUCUCGGUGGUCGUGAAUUCGCGGACGGUGGUGGAGGCCGAGGUGGAGCAACCCGAAAUAGACCGCUCGGCGAGCUCGAAAUCGAACCUGGAAAUCGAAGAUGGGGAAGAAAAGGAGGAGGAAAAAAAGAAGAGAACCGAAAUUCGAGGUGGGGAAGACGAAAAGGAUGAUGAUGUUCGUGAUGAUGAUGAUAAUGGUGAAAUUGAAAUCCCGCCGGAGGAUUGUGAUCUGUUCACCGGGGAAUGGGUUUUCGAUAACGUCACUCACCCGUUGUACAAAGAGAAUGAAUGCGAAUUUUUAACGGAGCAGGUGACCUGUAUGAGAAAUGGAAGGAAGAAUUCACUGUACCAGAACUGGAGGUGGCAGCCCAGAGAUUGUUCUCUGCCUAAGUACAUUCCGAGAUUGUUGCUCGAAAAACUGAGGAAUAAGAGGCUGAUGUUUGUCGGGGACUCGUUGAACCGGAAUCAGUGGGAGUCGAUGAUAUGUUUGGUUCAGUCGGUAGUCCCUCCCGGAAGGAAGAGCUUGGAGAAGACUGGCUCUUUGUCUGUUUUCAGAAUUGAGGACUAUAAUGCUACAGUGGAGUUUUACUGGGCCCCUUUUUUGGUAGAGUCCAACUCAGACGACCCGGACAUGCACAGCAUAUUGAACCGUAUCAUCAUGCCCAAGUCCAUCAAAAAGCACGGCAAGAACUGGAAGAACGUGGACUACCUCGUUUUCAACACGUACAUUUGGUGGAUGAAUACUUUCUCCAUGAAAGUCCUGAGAGGCUCAUUUGACGAGGGCUCGACUGAGUAUGAUGAAGUGGCUAGGCCUGUAGCUUAUGAACAAGUGUUGUGGACGUGGUCCAAAUGGGUCGACAAAAAUGUGAACCCGAAUCGCACACGAGUCUUCUUCAUGAGCAUGUCACCCCUUCACAUCAAGAGCUCGGAUUGGGACAACCCAGACGGGAUCAAGUGCGCAAAAGAGACGAGCCCAAUACUCGACAAGUCAAUGCCGGUCAACGUGGGAACCGACCGGCGGUUGUUUGUGAUUGCUGCUAACUUGACAAAGUCGAUGAGUCGAGUCCCGGUCGAUUUUCUCAACAUCACGACACUGUCCGAGUAUCGAAAGGAUGCCCACACGUCGGUUCAUACCAUUCGCCAGGGGAAGCUGCUAACGCCCGAGCAGCAGGCGGACCCCACAAACUUCGCCGACUGCAUACACUGGUGCCUGCCGGGGCUGCCCGACACGUGGAACGAGUUUCUCUAUGCUCGGAUUAUGUCGCGUUCUUGA